AUUGUAUUAAAAGAGAAUACAUAGAGCGUAUCGAAAGCAAGCGACCGCACCCGAUUGUCUAUAACUACGUGGCUGAAGAGCUCGCUACUAAAAAUUUCUGUCAGGUAGGUAUUAAGCCCAUGAAGCAACCAUGGAGUGACGACAAGCGCUCUGUGUCGGCGAUAGAGAAAUUUGAUGAUUUACGCAAUAUGCCGCGAUCGUAUCCACUCGGGCCGGUAUACCCGGAGCCUUUUGUCGCUAAUGUCACCGUGGCGCCCGCUUUGCUGUGGCUACCCGUCGUGGUACUAGUACUUAUGUCAAGUAUACCGCCCGUCCCCAUCGCACACCAGUGACGCUGUCGACGUCGGUGUACCGAAGGGCUGCGCCGGGUUAGAAAUGGUCGCCGCUCCUUGCGCGCCCCUGAUCGAUGUUGAACAAUGGUCGAUCGUUUAUACCCAUCAAUUGCGGAAGACAUGUCCGUCCGUUGACUAGGCAGGGGCUUGCCGAGUUGUCGAGUACAUACAUGCAACGGCGCGAUCCCUUGUUUUCUUCCCGUCAUGUCGGCAUCCGCAACCGAGGCUUCUCCCCCUUCGGCCCUCAUGCUCGGCGUCAAUAUCGCGCCGCUGGCCGACCCCAUGUUCGUCGGGGUCUUUCUCUCCAUCGUGUUGUGGGGCAUCACGGUCGCGCAGACGGCGACGUACUACCACCUCAACAGGGAUGGGUGGUCGCUGCAGACGUUGGUUGGCACGCUCUUUGUCAUGGACAGCGUCAACUCGAUAAUGCUCAUUCUGAUGGCCCAUGUGUAUCUGCUGGAAAACUUCGGGAACCCGGCGAUACUAGCGACGCUUCCCUGGUCGGGCAUCUGCGAAGUGGGCCUUAACGUCCUCGUCUGCUUCCUCGUCGAGCUGUUCUUUGCGAGACGGCUCUAUCUUUUCAACCAGGGCAGGAUUGUGGUGCCCGGGCUUAUUGUAGUCUUUGCGGUCGCGGGCCUCGUCUCCGGAAUCUUGCUCGUCGUCAGCGUCUCCAAGACCCCCACCGUCGCCGGGCUGGCGCAGCCGACCAUGAAGAUCGAGACGGCGCUGUGCAACGCUUUCGAGGCCGUGUCCGAUCUCAUCGUCGCCGUUGGCCUGAGUUGGGAGUUCCACCGCGGCAGGAGCCACAUCAAAUCCACCAACUCCAUGCUGGAUCGUCUGCUGGGCCACACCGUGGCAAGGGGAGGCCUGAUGACCGUCGCUCAGUUCCUGAAUCUGGCUCUAUACGUCGCCCAGCCCACCAAGCUGAACUGGAUGCCCGUCCAUUUCAGCCUCAGCAAGGUGUCUCUCAUCAGCAUGUUGGCCAUUCUGAAUGGCCGUGAAUCCCUCCGCGGCGCGCUCAGCGACUCCGUGACGGACACGCAGUUUUACACGGAGAGCAUCGUCUCGAGCCAGCCGCCCGGCAGACCAAACGCCCAGUUCCAGCUCAAGAGUUUACCGUCUGCCCCUGGCACCACUAGUGUACGUGUCCACCCGGAAGGUGUGACUACAUAUGAGGAGGAGGAAGAGUUUUUGGCUUCUAAGGCCUGAGUUCAAGCCCGCGCCUGCUGUACAAUAGUUGUCACUCGUUACCCGACACGACGCCGAUGUUGGCCGUAAUCUGUACUUAGUCCAGGUCGGACACCAGAGAUUUGGCGCGAGCUAGCCUGACGGGUCGGACGCACCCUGGUCCCUGAGUGAACUCAGGACCAGAGCCGCUGACGUGACCCCUGACCUGAGUGGCCUCUGUGGUCUGGCACGUGCCUAUCGCGGUCACCUGAGUGGACGCACACACGUACCAGGACAGCAGCGCCUUCCGCGCCCGGAAUCUCGAUCAGAGUCGUGGCAGAUCCCGUCGUUCCUUAUAAUACAACGUUCUUUACUUAUAUCACGCCAUGUGGCGAGUCGUGCGAAAAUGGCACGAGAGAAUCAACAUAUAUCUACACAAGUACACCGCAAAUACAAGCAGUACAUAAUCGUCCAUGUAAUAUCUCAGUAGUAGAUUCUCCCAGAAUCCAAAUAUUGUAGCUCGGA